GUGCCAGAACAGCUUCUCCCUCUGCCUGCGGAUGAGGAGGUAGCUCUCAGCCAGUGCUCCAGCGUCUGUCUACAGUCACCAUAUCCUGCCAUGAUGAUAAUGGGCUAGACUCUGAAACUUAAUAAAAGACUGGUGGCCUUAGUGCCCAUGCCCAGUGACCCUCCCUUCAAUACCCGAAGAGCUUACACCAGUGAGGAUGAAGCCUGGAAGUCCUAUCUGGAGAACCCCCUGACUGCGGCCACCAAGGCAAUGAUGAGCAUCAAUGGUGACGAGGACAGUGCAGUUGCCCUGGGCCUUCUGUAUGACUACUACAAGGUUCCUCGAGACAAGCGACUUCUGUCUGUGAGCAAAGCAAGCGACAGCCAAGAAGACCAAGAAAAAAGAAACUGUCUCAGCACCGGUGAAGCCCACAGCACUUUGGUCGGAGGCGAGAACCGAGUGCAGGUCCUGAAGACCGUCCCGGUGAACCUCUGCCUCAGCCAGGACCACGUGGAGACCUCGAAGCGCGAGCAGUACAGCGUGUCCAUCACCGAGAGCCCCGCCGUCAUCCCCGUGUCGGGCAUCACCGUGGUGAAAGCCGAGGACUUCACGCCGGUGUUCAUGGGGCCCCCGGUGCACUAUCCCCGCGCCGACGGCGAGGAGCAGCGCGUCGUUAUCUUCGAGCAGACUCAGUAUGACCUGCCCUCCAUAGCCAGCCACAGCUCCUAUCUCAAGGACGACCAGCGCAGCACCCCCGACAGCACCUACAGUGAGAGCUUCAAAGAGGGGGCCGCGGAGAAAUUCCGGAGUGCUUCCGUUGGUGCUGAAGAGUAUAUGUAUGACCAGACAGCAAGUGGUACAUUUCAGUACACCCUGGAAGCCACCAAAUCUCUCCGUCAGAAGCAGGGCGAAGGCCCCAUGACCUACCUCAACAAAGGACAGUUUUAUGCCAUAACACUCAGCGAGACUGGAGACAACAAAUGCUUCCGACACCCUAUCAGCAAAGUCAGGAGUGUGGUGAUGGUGGUCUUCAGCGAAGACAAAAACCGAGACGAGCAGCUGAAAUACUGGAAAUACUGGCAUUCCCGGCAGCACACGGCCAAGCAAAGGGUCCUUGACAUUGCUGACUACAAGGAGAGCUUCAACACCAUCGGGAACAUUGAAGAGAUCGCGUACAAUGCUGUCUCCUUUACCUGGGACGUGAAUGAAGAGGCAAAGAUUUUCAUCACGGUGAAUUGCUUGAGUACAGACUUCUCCUCCCAAAAGGGCGUGAAAGGACUCCCUUUGAUGAUUCAGAUCGACACAUACAGCUAUAAUAACCGCAGCAACAAACCCAUCCACAGAGCGUACUGUCAAAUCAAGGUCUUCUGUGACAAGGGAGCAGAAAGAAAAAUCCGUGAUGAAGAGAGAAAGCAGAACAGGAAGAAAGGGAAGGGCCAGGCCUCCCAAACGCAGUGCAACAACUCCUCUGAUGGGAAGUUGGCCGCCUUACCUUUACAGAAGAAGAGUGACAUCACCUACUUCAAAACCAUGCCGGACCUGCACUCGCAGCCGGUACUGUUCAUCCCAGAUGUCCACUUUGCAAACCUGCAGAGGACUGGACAGGUGUAUUACAACACAGACGAUGAACGAGAAGGCAGCAGUGUCCUGGUUAAACGGAUGUUCAGACCCAUGGAAGAUGAGUUUGGUCCAGCCCCAUCCAAGCAGAUUAAAGAAGAAAACAUAAAGCGAGUGCUUUUGUACGUGAGGAAGGAAAAUGACGACGUGUUUGAUGCUCUGAUGCUGAAGUCACCCACGGUGAAGGGCCUGAUGGAAGCGCUGUCUGAGAAGUACGGACUGCCAGUGGAGAAAAUCACGAAGCUUUAUAAGAAGAGCAAAAAGGGCAUCCUCGUGAACAUGGACGACAACAUUAUCGAACACUAUUCAAACGAGGAUACAUUCAUUCUUAACAUGGAGAGCAUGGUGGAGGGUUUCAAGAUCACACUUAUGGAGAUCUGAGCCCUGACACGAGUCCCCUUGACAGGAGCCUCCUUCAGUGCACUCCUUCCUGGGAUAGAUAGGAUACUGGCCGCCCCCAGAACCUGGAGAUCCGUCUCACCCGCCUCACAAGACUGUUACAAGACUGCUGGGAAGGGGGCGGGGCCCAAGGCCCCGGUGACCGGCAAUGUUCGACUCUUCUGUUUGCUCCCCAUGGAGCUGAAGCCUGAGCCCCUCAGCAAAUUUCUUUGGGCCUGUCAGGUCCUUAUUUAUUGCCCAUUUCCCCCCCUAAGAGCCCGGAGUCCAGGCCCUCCGGGACUCUACAAGUUACUGAUAGCUCCCCCUUGAAGGGAAACGCACCCAGUCCACUCAUCUCUGAGGGCCCGGGGAGCUGGUGUGUCUUUUUUUCUUACCUCUCUGCAUCUCCUGAAUGGAUGGACCGGACGAGCUGCUUCAGUGUGGCAGGCUUCUUCAUGUGCGGGGUGAGAAGGGCACCCACUUCCUGGCCCCAAACCUCCAGAUAGCUCUGAGGAAGGUCAUUUUACUAAAUACCUCCAGGGGUUCUCAGCAAGUAGCCACUGGGCCUUGCACAGGAAGACGUUCCGAUAGCACGUCAGUGAUAAGGAACACAGAGUGUGCCUGGUGACCAUGUACAUACUUUGUACAUAAUAUCGCAAUAAUAUAUUUUACCUGUGGUGUGUGGGUGUGUUUACUGCCACUGGCCUGGAAGAGACACAUACCUAGACACUCAGAGAAUCCAGGUGGUACCUUGGCGUGUCAUGUGACUGUGGUGAUUGCCAGGAUCGACUCUCCAUUGGGUGGUGCCUGAGGACUUGUUUCCCGGUUCCCAGACGGAGCCCUUUUUCCUCAAAUGUGACUGGCUCCCUUGAGGCCAUCACAUUUUUAUCUCCUGGCGAUGUCUGGGAAAGGCCACGCUGUCAGUGCCUUGUUUCCCUUUGGCAUGGGGCAUCUUAAGCCUUUUGCGAAGUUCCUGCAGGGGUUUGCGCCGGGGCCCUGUGGCUGGGCCCUGCUGCAGAACUGCUUGGCCGUUGUGGGGAUCCUGGACACUGUGGUGCCUCACGGUUUACAAGCAUGUCCUUCAUCUCAAGUGGCCCCUUUGGAAACCCCGCUGCAGCCUUGCGAAGCGAGCCAGCAGCUCGGCUGGACUGUGAUGCUGCAGCAGAUGUUGCUUCUGGGGACCAGAAGCGGUGGGGCUAUCCACGCAGGCUGUGGAAAGCCUCGCGAGCCCCCAGCACUUCUAAAACCAGCUUUGGGGGCGCACACCAGAGUUUCCUCCUUACCCUUUGGUGGUCGAGAGAAAACUAACCUGAACAGUCACACGCGAGCAUGCCCCGUCGUGGGCCGCAGCUCUCUGUGAGUGGGCAGGUCGGUAGCUUACGGACUUGUACGUGCCCCCGUGGGCUGAGCACUAGUUUGGGUAGCCAGGCGCAUCUCACUCCAAGGCCUGGAUGAUGGGACAGCUUCCAUGGAAAGGUCCAGAUUCGUCUGUAAAGCACUUUGAUGUCUUACCUGGAGGCUCCGUCCUCGGCUCCUGCCUUCUUGCCCCAUCUGCCCCUUAGGCCCAGAGCAGCUGAGGUUGACUCGAGCCCAGCUACUCCUCUCCAAAGCUGGAGGCGAAAAGAACCGGAUGGAGAGUAGGUGCCGUAACGAAGAGGAUCCCAAGAGAUAGCAGGGACGCCUUUCUGAGAGCCCCGUACUCCUUAUUCUUUGUGUUGCCAAAGGUUUGCAUCCUGCGCUCAGCUCCGCUCCAGCCCCCUCCUCCACUCCUAACCCAAGUCCUUGAACCAGCAGCUUGGGGACCCUCCAGGGUACUGGCGGGUGUCUGAUCUAAGAUGGACUAACUCUGUUGGACAUACGCAUGCUCUUCAGCUCCUGGGGUUAGCUCAAACCGUGACUGGCUGAUCUUACAGGUGCGAACAAGGGUCCCUUGUGAUAGACAUCACCAGAACAAGGGACAGAAGCCAGUGCCACAGAGUGACAGUGUCAGGUCCUGGAGUGUCCCUUGGGGGACUUCCAUGUGUCUGCCCCUUGCUGUGUUAGCAGAAUUUUGCUGAGAGUCAUGUCUUGAACAAAAACACUCUAGCAAGAUAGAAAAGCUUGCCUCGACUUUGCCCUGAAAAAUCUCACCCAAAUAAAGGUUGUUUUUUGUUUUUUUGUUUUGUUUUGUUUUGUUUUUUGUUUUUUUGUAAUCCAUAAAAGAUGGGAGGAUGCAUGAGGCCAGAAAGUGUUUUUGGUCAAUGACCUUACAUUGUUGAAACUUCCCUGGUGUUUAGAUAUUGGAACCGACAAAAAAUACACAGUGGGCUGUCAUGUUUCAAAUCAGUUCCUAAAAGAUAUGUGCUAGCUAAUGCAGGAACCUGGGGAGCAUGAAAUGAGUUAAAACAUUUAUUUUUUUUUCCUUCGUAUUUAACAGUCAUGGAAAAGCAAGAGGAAAAGAGGGUUUGUGCCAAAUUCUAAGAAUGGCUCUUUCUGAAAGGUGAGGCAGGGGAGAUGAAUAUGCCUACAGUUCUGCUCCCACAUAAAAAAGAGUAAAUGUAACUUAAUAGUUUUGUAAAUGGGAAAGGGGGAAUCUAUAAACUAUAAAUAUGUUAUUUUAUUUUUUUGUACAUUUUUAAGAAGAAAAAUAAAUAAAUAUUCGUAACACGUGUCAA